AUGCAGUAUAUGCAGUAUAAAUUGCCUAUGACAAAUGUACACAUAUUACGUAUAUUUAUUUUACUUAGGUAAUAUCAAAGACCUGUUUCACAAAAUCAAUUCCAAGAAGUGGUGAGGAUAACGAUGGUCAGUUAACGAAGCGAAAUCCCGGCAAGUUAAAGCGGUGGGGUGCCCGUGGCAAGAUAGCACCGGUCAUCGUGAACACAGCGCAGAACAGAACGGUACCAUUCUUUGCGUGCUAGUCAGCAGGCAGUAUUCAUUUUUAGUAGGGAAUUGGCUCUCGAACUGGAGCGCGGCCGCUACGACCGCAAGAGACACCUGUUGCGCUAUUAAGUAAGCCGGCAGCCGCGAAACACGAAAGCUGA